AUGGAUUCUGAAGAUGAGUUCAUGUCAGAUCCUCCUAGUGGAGAUGAACUAGACUUCGACGAAGGUACACAAGACAGUGAAAUAGGGAGUCUAGGAGGAGACUUUGAUGAAGAUCAAGAUGGGAGUUUCGGUUACGAGAAAGAUAUCCUCACAAACCCACAGAAACCAUACGAAGUCGAGUUCAAAGUCCUGAGCCCCCAAGAUAUACAACUGCAACAAAACCGUCAAUUUGAAGAGGUGUCAUCGAUCAUUGAAUUACCAGCGGAACAGGCUGCUAUCUUGCUCCGGUUCAUGCGUUGGAAUAAGGAGAAGCUCAUCGAAUCUUACAUGGACAACCAGGAAAAAGUGCUCGAGUCCGCAGGCCUCGGGUCGACCUUCGCCGCAACACCCAGGACGCAAACAGUUAAAGGCUUUACUUGCGAAAUUUGUUAUGAAGACGGCCCAUUGUUACAGACAUAUGCCAUGAAAUGUGGUCACCGCUAUUGUGUAGACUGCUACACUCAUUAUCUCACUCAAAAAGUCAAGGAGGAGGGUGAGGCUGCACGAAUAGAAUGUCCGUUCGAUGGUUGUCAUCGCAUAAUCGACUCCAAAUCACUCAAACUCUUGGUGGACCAGAGCGUGCAAGACCGAUAUGAAGUCCUUCUCAAUCGUACAUACGUGGAUGACAAGGAGAACUUGAAGUGGUGUCCAGCACCGGAAUGCGAGUAUGCUAUAGAUUGUGCGGUUAAGAAGCGAGAUCUCAGCCGCAUUGUGCCCACAGUGAGGUGCACGAAUGACCAUGGGUUUUGCUUUGGAUGCACACUGUCAGAUCAUCGACCAGCACCAUGUUCACUGGUCAAGAAGUGGAUGAAGAAGUGCGAGGAUGACAGCGAGACAUCGAACUGGAUAUCAGCAAAUACCAAGGAAUGUCCCAAGUGCAACUCGACGAUCGAGAAGAAUGGAGGGUGCAAUCACAUGACGUGCCGCAAGUGUAAGCACGAAUUUUGCUGGAUGUGCAUGGGACCAUGGUCGGAACAUGGAACGAGCUGGUACAAUUGCAAUCGGUUCGAAGAGAAGUCCGGUUCUGACGCUAGAGACGCACAAGCCCGAUCACGACACUCGUUGGAACGUUAUCUACACUACUACAACCGCUAUGCCAACCACGAGCAAUCGGCCAAACUGGAUAAGGAGCUCUGGCUGAAGACGGAGAAGAAGAUGACGAGCCUUCAAUCACAAUCAAAUAUGUCUUGGAUUGAAGUUCAGUUCCUUGAUACAGCUUCGAAAGCCUUGCAGGCCUGCCGACAAACCCUCAAAUGGACAUAUGCCUUUGCAUUUUACCUCGCACGGAACAACAUGACGGAAAUAUUCGAGGAUAACCAGAAGGAUCUAGAGAUGGCCGUGGAGAACCUCAGUCAGAUGUUUGAAAAGCCGGUGAACGAGCUGGAAGGGUUCAAGGUAGAAAUUCUUGACAAGACAACCUACUGUAACCGGAGAAGGGAGAUUCUGUUGAGUGAUACAGCAGAGAACCUCAAGAAAGGUAUGUUCCUACCUCUUGUCCAUUGA